AAACCUUAAUUACUCUUUUUAAAGAGCCAAUUCUUCUCUUCUUAUCUUACCUACAAGACAUGGCAACUCAACCUCUCUCUCCAUCAAGAACAACAAUUUCACAACUACAAAUGAUUCAUGUUGAAGAAAAGAUCAUCAUAGAACAAGUUAAGGAUACACAUAAUCCGAAUGGUGGCAUAGAUGUUGAUGCUAAUUGUCUUCUCAAGUUUGUGGAGGACAUUUUCUAUUUCAAUGCGGUUCCUCGAGAAGCAAUGCAAGACAAGUUACAAUUACAAGAACACAUCCAGAAGGAGAUUUCAUUUGUUCUUUUACAACUCUCUUUCGUGAUACCCUUCACUUGUGUAAGCUAUGAUGAUAGUCAUUCAACUGCCAUUUAUCUACUAAGUUUGUUGUCAAAGUAUAUGUGGCAUGCUAAGGGAGUAAUGUUACUCGCAUGUUUUGCGAUCAUCCGAGGAAAAGCUAAAGUUGUCUCACAAUUAUGUCAUCGGAAAGGACUAUCUUACAACAUGACUGCUCUAAGAAAUAGUCUAAACUCAAUGCUAUUCCCUGACAAUGAAUUUUUUUUUAAUGACUCAAUAAGAUCCAUGUUAAACCUCACCAAGCUUAUGGUUGAGCUUCGACAUUCAUCUUCAAUGUUUUUGGCAAACUACUGGAUCGCAAGAAGUGUUGUUGCCUAUGCUCACCUCCUUAUUUUGGGCCUCGAGCCACAAAAUCAGAUAAUGACGGAACUGUCACAUGUAUCCACCAAAAUCAAAGAGAUUCUGGCUUCCAGCCUCCCGCUACUAAGUUGGCAGGCAAAAAGGAUGGAAGAUAAUUAUCAAACAUUGUUACAUGCGUUUGAUAAUUCUUCAAAUAUUUUGGACGUUCUUAAAUUGAUAUUCAAUGUCAAAAAUGAUAAAGAGGAGCCAAUUUGGUAUAAAGAUACAUGGCCUAGAGGGUCAUCACCACGUUCAAUGGGAGUAGAUGAGUUUGAAGGGGAGGGAGUGCUAUUGCUUAUAUCAUCCGGCAAACACUUCCCCAUUUAUGCAUAUUUUGCGGGGCCGCCCAGUGAAGUAAGGACGAUUUGGGUUCCAAUUAUAAAUAAUCUGGAUGACCAUAUACAAAUGUCUGAUGAUUAUUAUGUUGUAUUGGAUCCACAAAAAUGGAUUGCACCAGAAUUUGUAAGAUUUCUAAAAGAAAAGUGCUUCUCAACUUUUCAAGUUGGGAGUGACCCUAUUGUCAUUUCACUGGACAAACGAGGAAGAUUAGUUCAUUCUAAUGCACUGCACAUGGUAUUCACAUUUGGAUUUCAACUUUAUCAAAGGAGCAAAACGAGAUUAGGUGAUAUAAUCCCUUCAUUAGAAAAUGAGUUGAGGGAAAGGACUUCUAGUGCUGACCGUGUGAUUGAUGACAUUGACAAACAAAUACAUAAUUUCGCGAGAGAGGUUCGCAAAAAGAUCAAUUAUUGGGUAGACGACAUCGAAGCGAAGAUGAAAAGUUCGUUUCGCUCGUAUGAUUACAUGCUUGAGAGGGAACAAGAGCUUUGGAUUAAAGAAUCAUGGAAUCUUUUGCUUCUAGUCAGAGGAUCCCACUGGACGCCAAACGAAUGGAUGAAUGAUGAUGAAAAAUACAUUUUCUUAUGCUGAGGCAAUAGCAUUAAACAAGUUCUCGAAUUUAUACUUAAGGUACAAGAAGUUCGUUCCAAAUUCCAAAUGGAUAUGAAAAUUGCAUACGUUGGAAGAAGAGGAAAACUGAUUGAAGAGUUGAGCAGAGCAUGUGAUUAUACAUUUAAACGUUAUCAAUUUAAGCGCUUUUGGGCACGACUUUAUAGUGUGGCCUCAUCUAGGAUCCAAUAUUUAAAUAAGGUUGGACUUGAUGAAGGGAGUGAUGAAAUUCUGCAAGGACUCAGAAAAUUGUUAACUUAUGAAGAUGAAUGCACACCAAUUGGAUCAUGGGCUUUGUUGGGCAAAGGGAAAAGAAUAAUUGCAUGUGAUAUGGGAGACAAAAUAUUAGGAGUCUUGAAUGAGUAUGAGAAAUGGAAGAACAAUGCACAUGUCAAUGAUUUUGAACAAGCAUUCAAGGAUUGCUAUGAGAUGCUUAAUAGUUCUUCUUCUUCCCAUCAACACCCUUGUUGUGCUCUCAAUUACUCAUCUAAUUUGGAUAAAAUUUCAGAGGCUGAGUCCUGCCCUCAAUGUAACCAAAA